GUACACAACAGUACUGCUCCCGAGUCAUACAUCGUCGACACGGGGACUGAGCUACGAGCAAUGUCCCCACCUCGAACAGCCGACGCCCUCGCAUUGUAUCAGUUGGCGUUGCUAAUCAAUGUGUUGUUCUCACCUGCAUAUUUCCACCUGGGCGUCAUGUACUAUGAGCUCGGCCAUAGAGAGGCGGCACUGGAACUGUACGCUCGCACACUCACGCUCAAGCCAGACUACACAGAGGCUCUAUGCAAUGUUGGCGUCAUUCACAAGAACUCUGGCAACAUCGAUCUGGCCAUCACAUACUAUCAACGCGCUCUCAGUGUCGAUGCCAACUUUAUGCUCGUCAAGGGUAACAUGGCGAUCGCGUUAACAGACUUGGGCACAGUGCACAAGACCAACGGCGACCUGGACCGGGCGGCCAAGCUUUACAAGCGAGCACUGUUCUACAACAGCUCAUACGCAGACGCGUACUACAACCUGGCCAUUGUAUACAUCGAGAGGAAUGAACAGGAGAAGGCAUUGGUUGCCUACGAGCUGGCCAUCCAUUUCAAACCCAGCUACACAGAGGCACUCAACAACCUUGGCGCGCCCACAUACUCUGAAGCCUACAACAACCUUGGAGUGAUCUAUCGUGAUGAAGGGCGAGUGGAUGAUUCAAUCGAAGCUUACGACAAGUGUAUCCAUCUCAAUCCAACCUCUGUCAAUGCUUAUCACAACAAUACAAACAGACCAAUCAGUAUUAUGAAAUUGAACAAAAGGAUAACAAUUGGAUACAUGUCACCUGACUUCUUCACUCACUCUGUCUCAUUCUUUAUUGAUGGUAUACUAAAGAAUCAUAACAAGGAAGACUAUGACAUCAUAUGUUAUUCAAACGUAACAAAGGAGGAUGAAACAACAUCACGUCUUCAAUCAUAUAAUCACACAUGGAGGAAUAUUGUAAAGAUGUCUGAUUUGGAUGUUGCUAAAUUGAUUGCCGAGGAUCAAGUUGAUAUCAUUGUGGACUUGGCAGGACAUACCAGCUCAAACAGAUUGGAUGUGCUGGCGUACAAACCAGCUCCAUUGGCCAUCUCCUAUCUGGGCUAUCCAAACACAACUGGCCUACCUACUAUCGAUUAUAAGUUAACCGAUGAGUAUACGGACCCAUUGAACACAGGACAAAAGUUCACGGAGGAGCUGUACAGACUGCCUCGAUGCUUCCUAAACUACACCCCGCCACCAUUCAAUCUGGACAUCACAAGUCCGUUGGACACAAAUGGCUACAUUACAUUUGGAUCAUUCAAUGUCAUCUCAAAGUAUAGCGACAUAGUAUUGCAGACCUGGGCAAAGAUACUACAUCUUGUACCCAACAGCAAGUUGUAUCUGAAGGGCAAGGCAUUUGCAUGCCCAUCAACAACCGCCACCUUUGUAGAGAGGAUGACGCAUCUUGGUAUCGACAAGGAUCGCACCAUACUGUCACCUCUGUUUGCCAAUCAAAGAGAGCAUCUACUGUCGUACAAUCGGAUGGAUAUCUCUUUGGAUACAUUCCCCUAUGCAGGAACAACGACAACAUGCGAAUCACUGUGGAUGGGAGUGCCAGUGAUAACUCUGGCCGGCAACUCACAUGCACACAACGUUGGACGAUCAAUCGUUAAGCAACUUAAAAUGGAGGCUGCCGAAUCACUGCAGCAGUACAUCGACAUGGCUGUUGCCCUGGCUCUUGAUCGAGACUUGCUAAAGUCACUCAAACUGACGCUCAGACAACGUCUUUUGGACUCUUAUCUCUGUGAUGGUGCGCUCUUUACCAAGAGCCUAGAGGUGGCCUACAAACAGAUGUGGACAAAGAGAGUGAUGGACGAUCAACAACAACGACAACAAUCUAUUAUAAAUACUACAGCACAAUAUGUCGAUGAUGAAGUAGUU